CCGGGAGCAUCACACCUCCAGCGCAGCAGCAUCCAUCAUCCAUCCAUCCAUCCGUCCAAACAUCCGCCAGCUGCAAGGUCCAGCGGGAGGCCAGGGAGCGGCGGCAGGAUGUAGCGGCGGAUUAACGGAGGAGAGAGAGGGGCGCUCAGAGGAGGAAGAGAGCUGGACCGAGUGGACCGGGGUGGGACGGAGGGGACAUGGGGAAGGACCAGGAGCUGCUCCAGGCCGUGAAGACCGAGGACCUGCUGACAGCUCAGCGGCUUCUGCAGAGACCGCGGCCAGGAAAAGCUAAGCUCCUUGGAGCAGCGAAGAGGGUUAAUGUCAACAUCCAGGAUGCGGACGGGCUGUCGCCGCUUCACCACGCUGCCCUGAGUGGGAACAAGGAGCUGAUCUCUCUGCUGUUGGAGGCUCAGGCAGCUGUGGAUAUCAAAGAUCACAAAGGAAUGCGUCCUCUGCAUUAUGCUGCAUGGCAGGGGAAGACUGAACCAAUGAAAAUGCUGCUGAAAGCAGGCUCAUCAGUCAACGGGCAGUCAGAUGAAGGACAGAUCCCUCUCCACCUGUCAGCUCAGCACGGACACUAUGAUGGGUCAGAAAUGUUGCUACAACACCAGUCCAACCCGUGUAUCUCAGAUGCAGCUGGGAAAACUCCCCUGGACCUCGCCUGUGAAUUUGGCCGUGUUGCUGUGGUCCAGCUCCUGCUCAGCAGUAACAUGUGUGCAGCCAUGCUGGAGCCGAAGCCCUCAGACCCAAACGGAGUCUCACCGCUGCAUCUGGCCGCUAAGAACGGACACAUAGACGUCAUCCGCUUGUUGAUCCAGGCUGGUAUAGACAUCAACAGGCAGUCUGAGUGUGGCACUGCCCUACAUCAGGCUGCCCUCUGUGGGAAGACGGAGGUGGUGCGGCUGCUGCUGGAUAGCGGCAUCAGUGCAGGAGUGAGAAACACCCUGAGCCAAACGGCCUUGGACAUCGUCAACCAGUUCACCACCACACAGGCCAGCCGCGAGAUUAAACAGUUACUGAGAGACGCAUCGGCUGCGAUGCAGGUGCGAGCGCUGAAGGAUUACUGCAACAACUACGACCUUACCAGCCUCAACAUCAAAGCUGGAGACAUCAUCACGGUGUUGGAGCAGCACUCGGACGGCCGGUGGAAAGGCUGCAUCCACGACAACCGCACCGGAAACGACCGCGUGGGCUACUUCCCGUCCAACAUCGCCGAGGUCAUCAAGCGGGCAGGCCACUCCCCCUCCCAGCAGUGCCACACCCUCCUCCUCCGCCGGCCCAACCCCUGCCCCAUUGCCUCAGCCAACGGACACCCAUACCCCCCCACCAAAGUCCUCCCCCUUCAUCUGCAUCUGCCUCCCCCUCCUCCCCUCCAUUCCAGCGCACAGUCCCUCCCUCGAUUCUCCUCGUUCGGGUAUGUUCCUCUUCCCAUCUCUCCUCCUUCUCUGUCUACUCCUCCUCUGUCCACUUCUCCUCCUCUCUCCACUCCUCAGGAGCAGCAAAGUCAGACAGGAUCUCGCACUGCAGAGCUGAGUCCGCAGGGCUCGCCCACUUUAGGACAUCAGAGCAGCACCAGCGAGGACAUCUGGGUCCUACGCAAACCGGUGGCAGGUGGCGAGCGCAGUGGCAGCGUGUGCAGCCUGGGCAGCGUCCGCUCCACCAGCAGCCUGCAGGGAUCCGGAAACACCCAUGUCCUGACUACACCGGCCCCGAGUCCUCACCCGGCCCCCACGCCGGGCCUCAACACUCACGGCCUCAACGCUCCGGGGCUGCACGCACAAUCCGAGGGGGUCAAGCUCCUGGCCACUGUGCUUUCUCAGUCGGUGAAAGCGAAGGAGCAUCUCUUGGAGCAGUCGCAGUCGGUCGAGCAGUCAGCGAGCUCCUCCAGUCGCACAGUUCACGAGCAGCGGUCUUUCGAGCGCAAGACCGAGGAAGAUGAUGGGAAAAAGCAGGCAGUGGUGACGUGGCUGGGAGAGUUUCAGCUGCAGUUCUACACCACUCACUUCCUCACAGCAGGAUAUGAUCUAGACACCAUUAGCCGCAUGACCCCGGAGGACCUGACGGCGAUUGGUGUCAUGAAGCCUGGACAUCGAAAGAAGUUACUGACAGAAAUCAGCAAGCUGCCCUCCACAGACUGGCUGCCUGAUCACAAACCUGCCAACCUGGCAGACUGGCUUUCUCACCUCGGUCUCAGCCAAUACUACCAAGUUCUUGUCCAGAAUGGAUAUGAAAACAUCGACUUUGUUUCAGACAUCAGCCUCGAAGACCUGCAAGAGAUUGGCAUCUCUAAGCUUGGACAUCAGAAGAAGUUGAUGUUGGGAGUAAAAAGACUGAAGGAGCUACAAAGAGGAGAAAGUGGCUCUGAGCCUCCUCAGAGUCCCACUUCAGCUCCUUCCAGCCCAGCAGGGAGCACUUCCUCAGAGUCACGGAGAGAGGCGAGGAAGCUGAGGGAGGGGGCCUCUAGCCCGCUGGCCAAACCUCGUCCGGGUCUCACAUCUUCACAGACUCCUCCCCACACACCGACCCAGACACCGCCACAAACCCCUCCGCAUUCCCACCCCAGAGCACGCCCCCGACCGUCCACCCAGCCAUCCGCCGUCGACGCAUCGGUACCACUGCUGCGGCUGCCGUGUGAGGAGGAGGAGCGACGGAGGACUCACAGCCUCAUCGGCUCGGAAUCGGACUCCCGAUAUGCCACCGUAUGCCGAAGCAGCUCCACGCAUACUCCUGCGCCUAACGACGUCACCGUUAACCGCAGCCAGUCAUCCGUCACCCUCCGGCCCCGUCGAAAAGGGCGGCCUCCUACGCCACCUAAACGGUCCUGUUCUUCCAUCACCGGCGGCGACGGGGAAGGUGAAGGACAAGCGGUGGGACUUCUGGGGCUGCCGACCUAUCGAGAAAGGCGAGCCAGUGACUGUGGCAGCUUGGGGGCAGCUUUAAGAGCUCAGGACUCUGCUGGCCUUCAGAGAUCAGAGGGGGCUUCUGGGAGUGUCCGCAGCCUGGCAGCCAUGCUGGAAACCUCAAUGGUGCCAAGAACUAUGGGAAGUAGCACCAACGUCCAACAGGCAAGUCCCCCUCUGCUCCGUCGCCAGGCACGAGCUGGAGGUCUGGGAGAAUCUGAGGAUGAUGUUUCAAACCGCCGCAGGACCAUCAGUGGACAUGAAAUCCUCCCUGGCGAGCAUUCUGACCAGUUACCUCAACAACCAGCCCAGCAGCGUCCAGAGCCCCGACCUCGCUCCAUCGUCGUCGCCUCGGCAUCCGAGAUCACAGACGGAUCAGCGACGCUCAGGAGGAAAGCUCGUCCUCCGACUGCAGACUCUGAAGCCCCCGCAUCAACGGCUACCACCGUAAUUACUAUGACAACCGGCUCGGAAACAAUACGCAGACGACCGCGCACCACAGAGCAAACGGAAUCCGUCACUCACAGCAAUAAUCAAACAAAUUCCCCCGACGGCACCCGGAAAAAGGUGGGUGAGCCGCAGCAGAAUGGCAGCGUGGUGCUGAGGCGGAGGCCGGUGUCCGAGGCCUCCGACAGGACGGACAGUGGCAGAGAGACCUGUGAGUGGAUGGAAGCCAGGAAGUCUCUGAAGCCACCGGUCUCACCCAAACCUUCUACUGUGGCUCUGAGAAAGACCCAGGCUGACCCGCCUACUCCGACUAGAAGGGUCCCCAUACCUGGGCCAGAAAACACUGAACCAGCACAGAGCCCUGAGCCAAAGCGUGUCCCUCCUCCGGUAUCCCCGAAACCCCGCGGGCCUCCAACGGCUCCCAAACCAGGAAAAGCUGUUGCGUCUUCAGCUGCCGCGAGUCCGAGCCCUGCUUCUACUAGCCCGGCUGCAAGCAGUCCCACUCCAGUACCCAGAGCCUCCUCUCCUCUGGCAGCUGCCCCACUCCCAGGCCCUGACACCCCCUCUGCUCCUUCUCUCUCUCCGGGACUUCCUCUGACAUCCACCUCUCCGGCCCAGAGUCCCUCCACUCCGUCGCCGCACCCUGUCAAACCUCCCCGCUCCUCCAUUGCCGGCCUCUCCAUUGACUUGGUGGGAGGGCGGGAGGCAGAGGAGGAAGAGGAGAGGAGGAGAGAGAAAGAGCACCAGAGGAAAACCGAACAGGAGGAGGAGGAGGAGAGGAAGAGGCUAGAGGAUGAAAACCGGAGUGAGCUGGAAAGGAAGCCUUUGAGGAGGGAAGAAGCAAAGGAGGAGAGUCAAGAAGAAGAAGAAGGAGUGCAAGAAGAGAUAAUCCAGCAUCGUUUGGAGGAGACCAGCGCCUCCUUGGCUGCAGCUCUGCAGACAGUAGAGCAUAAAAUCAAAGAGGAGGACAGGCCAAAUGACAAAAAAGCAACAGUCUCCAUCCUGGACGACAUCGGGAGCAUGUUUGACGACUUGGCAGACCAGCUGGACGCCAUGCUGGACUGAUAUUCCAUCCACAGAUUUUUUGUUUUCCCAACAGGGCCUCUCCUUCUCUCCCCCCCCCCCCUCAUCGUGUGUAGGUGUACGAAGAAGUCAUUCCCUACGUUAAAUGCUGGCCUUUUUUCACAGAGUGCAAAAUUUGAGAGUUUGUCCCUCCUUUUUUUUGUAAGAGCUUCCCGAGUACCCUCGUGCAGGUACCGAGGAGGGGGGAGCGCUGUUUGUUGCUCCUUCUUCUGCUGCGAGGAUGCUGCUCCCACACAACCUCUCACCUCCGCAGCCCAGACGACGACGCCUCUGUCCAGCCUCAGACGGCUGCGUGCACCGAGAAGCACAAUCACUUCGCUUAACCUUUUAUCUGUGCAAUCUAACCAGGACAGUUUGCAAUGGGCGGACUCAGAGACAAAACCCGAUAAGCAUAUUGCUUACAAAAUCAAGCACAUAAAAAGUCUUGACAGGCAGAUUGAUAACCUGAAAGAAAGCAGACGGAUUUUUAAGAAGAAAAAAAAAAGCACAUAGAAUGACAGGCUGCUGUCUGAGUCCUCAAAUCUGAAAAGAGUUUUUCCAGAUGAAUUGUAGCCUCCAUUUCUCCUCUGUAUGAGUUGAGGAUCCCCCCCACCCCACCCCCCAGCGUGUCGUCUCUGUUCAUGUUGUCGUUGGUGCCGUUGCUGUUAUCGUUGGCUUUAUUGUCGUUUCGAGUGUGCGUAGUCCCUGCUUAUACGCUUGGGUCAGUUUCCUCCUUUUCCCACUUGGAUCGAUCAGACAAACGCAUCUGUAUCCAUAAAUUUCUAAGGCACGCAAACAAGAGUAUACACACACACACACACAUUCACAUUGGCGGGGACUUACAUUGGUUUAAAUAUUGCUGGUGUUGUUGGUGUUUUAUCAUGUGUGGAAGGAUUGAUUCAUGAGAGAAACAUGCAAAGGCACACACACACACACUCAUGUGGUAUAUCCCUGUGUCCUGCUGCAGUGAAAAGGUGUUUUCAGAAGAUACUCCUAUAUUUCAAUGCUUUAUAUAGUACAUCCAGUAAAAAAAAAGAGACACAUAGUUUAUAGUAGACCUGGAUAUUUGAGCUGUUAGAGCUCCCUCUAUUGUCGGUUAGUGAAGCUGCCCUGAAUCUCCCCGACUUCUUUCUGCCCACCUUUAUUUUAAAUUAGUGUCUAAUUUGGUUAAUCUGCAAAUCUCUGUGCCUUCGUAGUCUUCUUUAUAGAUUAUUUUAUUUUCUUUUGGUUUUCUUGCUGUCUACUAAAUUGUUUCUGGUCUCUUUUAAACCCCCUCUGUGUCGGUUUUGUCAGUAAGUAGCCUCUCAGUUGAUUUGUGAGUCCUGUAUAACCCUUAAAAUGAAAUCCACUAUGUCUGCAGCCCCUCUGUAAACGCUAUAAGCUGUAAUAAGUUGGCUCCACUCUUCCAAGAGUUCCCCGUUUUCAGUGAUUUCCCCCCAGACCCGUUUUCAUCCCAGUGAAGAGUCCACUUGUAUUUUUAUGCUCUUUGAAAACAGAGAUAUAUUUGAGAGACAGUUCUAUGUGAAUAACAAUAAUAAUAUUGAUAAUAAUAAUAACUAUGAUGAUAAUCCUGAUGACGUUAAACAUUGAAUGGAGCCGAGCUGAUUUGAGCCUGUGUAUUCAUGGUUGAGUUCUGGAUGUGUUGUGACGGCUGUUGUGUCAUGGUUGGGUUUAGUUGGGUGUUUCUGCUGUGACAAUGCAUUCCUGUACAGCUGUCAUCAGAAUAAAUGUAUAAUUUAAACCUAA